CGGGGCCUGCAGUCCGGGGCUAGAGGCCGACGGAAGUGCUCGUUGUUGUUGCCGGAAGUAGAGAAGGCUGUAAUGGCGGCCGCGACUGAAGUUGAGGUGCCCGCGGACGUCGCGGAGGACCGGCCCUCGGCGGCCGAGGAGCUGGCGGCGCAGAAACGCGAGCAGAGACUGCGCAAGUUCCGCGAGCUGCAUCUGAAGCGGAACGAAGCUCGCAAGUUAAAUCACCAGGAAGUUGUGGAAGAAGACAAAAGACUUAAGUUGCCUGCAAACUGGGAAGCCAAGAAAGCGCGUUUGGAGUGGGAGCUGCAGGAGGAAGAAAAGAAAAAGGAGUGUGCAGCGAGAGGGGAGGACUACGAGAAGGUGAAGCUGCUGGAGAUCAGCGCAGAGGACGCGGAGAGAUGGGAGAGGAGGAAGAAGAGGAAGAACCCUGACUUGGGCUUUUCAGAUUAUGCUGCCGCCCAGUUACGCCAGUAUCACCGGCUGACAAAGCAGAUCAAACCUGACAUGGAAAGCUACGAGCGGCAGAGAGAAAAGCAUGGAGAAGAUUUUUUCCCAACAUCCAACAGUCUUCUCCAUGGGACGCAUGUGCCUUCCUCAGAGGAAAUCGACAGAAUGGUUUUAGAUCUGGAAAAGCAAAUUGAAAAGAGAGACAAAUACAGCCGAAGACGUCCUUACAAUGAUGAUGCUGACAUUGACUACAUCAAUGAGAGGAACGCCAAGUUCAACAAGAAAGCAGAGAGGUUCUACGGGAAGUACACAGCUGAGAUCAAGCAGAACCUGGAGAGAGGAACAGCCGUGUGAGCCCUGAAGAAACUGCACAGAAGCUGGUAAAGGGACUGGAGGCUUCGGCUGCCAAAUUCAAACUUCCACAUGUGUCCAUUAAAUGCGAUUUUACCCUGUGCCUCUCCACUUGGUGUCUGAAAUAAAUGUCUUUUCUCACCA